AGUCUUCUGGAAGGAUCGCCGCGAUGGCCGCCCAGGGAGAGCCGCAGGUCCAGUUCAAGCUCGUCCUGGUGGGCGACGGCAGCACCGGGAAGACGACGUUCGUGAAGCGCCACUUGACGGGCGAGUUCGAGAAGAAGUAUGUAGCCACCCUGGGCGUGGAGGUGCACCCGCUCGUCUUCCACACCAACAGAGGACCCAUUAAAUUCAACGUGUGGGACACAGCCGGCCAGGAAAAGUUCGGGGGCCUGCGCGAUGGCUACUACAUCCAAGCCCAGUGUGCCAUUAUAAUGUUUGAUGCAACAUCAAGAGUCACCUACAAGAAUGUACCUAACUGGCAAAGAGAUCUGGUCCGGGUGUGUGAAAACAUCCCCAUUGUAUUGUGUGACAAUAAAAUGGAUAUUAAGGACAGAAAAGUGAAGGCAAAAUCUAUUGUCUUCCACCGAAAGAAGAAUCUUCAGUACUAUGACAUUUCUGCCAAAAGUAACUACAACUUUGAAAAGCCUUUCCUCUGGCUUGCCAGAAAGCUCAUUGGAGACCCUAACUUGGAGUUUGUUGCCAUGCCUGCUCUUGCCCCGCCUGAGGUGGUCAUGGACCCAGCUUCGGCAGCCCAGUACGAGCAUGAUUUAGAGGUUGCUCAAAUGACUGCGCUCCCCGAUGAGGAUGAUGACCUGUGAGACAGUGAAGCCGGAGCCCUGCGUCAGAAGUCUAGUUUUAUAGGCAACUGUCCUGUGAUGUCAGCGGUGCAGCGUGUGUGCCACCUUAUUUAGCUAAGCAGAUCGUGUACUUCAUUGGAUGCUGAAGGAGAUGAAUGGGCUUCGGAGUGAAUGUGGCAGUUAAAACAUACCUUCAUUUCUUUUUUUUUUUUUGGAUUUGCAUAUUUAGCUGUUUGGAACACGGUUGUUUCCUUCCUGAAUUUCAAAAA